AUGCAACGCCUAUCGUUCAAAGACAACAUUCGUGCUUGUGCUGUUUGCAAAACAUGGCAACAAGCUUGUGUUUCCGCUCGUGUUGACGAGUACCCGACACCAUGGCUUAUAAGCUUCCCUUUCGACAAAGAUGAAUACGAGCUAUACGAUCCAUCACUUGAUAAGACACAUAUUUGUAAGCCUACACCCCCUGAGUUACGCGGUUCAUACAUUUAUUGUUCUAGAGACGGCUGGUUCCUUGUGCACAGUAGAAAUCUCAACGAGAUCUUCUUUUUCAAUCCGUUUACACAUGAACGCAUCGGACUACCUUGGCCUGAUAUAUGGACUACUUAUACUCAUGCACUAGCUUUCUCAUGUGCUCCUACAUCAAAUAGUUGUGUAAUAUUCUCUGUCUCCAGUUUCAUGGGAUCCCUCACCAUCAAAACAUACUAUCUUGAUACUUAA